UCAAUAACCCCUUCCGAUUCUACCUCUACUUCAUCUUCCUUUAAUACUUCUUAUAAUAACUCUCAAACACAACCAAAUACUUCUUCUUUUAACAACAAUGCUAUAUCAACUUCUCAAACUAUCAAAAUUUGUACACUCAAUACUAAUGGCCUCUCAACUAACUCUAAACAAUUACUUAUAUAUAACUAUAUUAUAGAAAAUAACAUUGAUAUUUUUG